UUGACGAAUGACUGUGUAGUGACGGGCCCGUGUUUACUCAGUAAGUAAUGAUUAGUUUAGAGGAUCCACUUCCCAAAUGACUCAGUAAUUUGCAAGUGAACACUGCUGAAUCUGAUAUAAAGAGCGGUCCGGCUAAUACUCAACCAUCUAGAGAACAACAUAAUGAAGCCCUGGUGUGCCCUUGCUUUCCUUUGGUUGGCAUAUUUCUGCCAUGGCACACUGUCCUGCCCGGCACUUUGUAAAUGCUACAUCAGAAGAGCAGAGGUGGUCUGCAAUGAGGUUCCUCUCACAGAGUACCCCUCCGAGGGUCUCCCGAAGAACACCACCAUGCUGACCAUCCAGUACACAAACAUCACCUCCAUCUCCGAGCAGCAGGUAAGCGCCACGCCCCUGCUGCAAGAGCUCCACCUGUACAGCAACCACCUGCAGAGCCUUUCCUCUCAUCUUCUCAGAGGCGUUCCUCACGUCAGCACUUUGGAUCUCACAGGAAACAAACUGUCUGACCUGCCUGCGGAUGUCUUCAGCCACGCCACGCUCCGCAGCUUGGUGCUGAAGAAUAAUCUGAUUGAAAAAGCUGGUGCAGCGUGGCUUCCUGAUAACAGCAGCCUCACCUGGUUGGACUUAUCUGGGAACCGUUUAACGGAGAUGCCAACUGCUCUGCUUCAGAAGCUGCCCCACCUGGAGAAUCUGGACCUUUCCAACAAUCGUCUGGAGAAGAUCUCUGCAAAUUCUCUGGACUCCAUGACCAAACUCGAGAGGCUAAACCUGCAAAACAACAAGCUAGACACCCUGGAUGCAUCUAUACUUCAGAGCACCCAUAACCUCACGUAUCUGUUCCUCUCCCGGAAUAAGCUCAACAAACUCCCCCAAAACCUAUUUCAGGAGCUCACUCAGCUCAAACUCCUGAGUCUGGAUGACAACCAGCUGAAGCACAUCCCUGCAGGUUUGCUGGACCCUCUGGACUCACUGGACGAGGAGGGGCUGGACCUGACCACCAACCCCUGGCUGUGUGAUGGGAAGAUGGAGUACCUCUGGAGGUGGCUUCAGAAGAACAAGAAGAAGGUCUUCCUGCCAGAGACUAUCAUUUGUGCCAGUCCGCAAUCUCUGGUGGGGCGCUCAGUUCUGUCACUGACAGAAAGUGAACUAAACCUUCAGUCUUAACAUUUUCUAUCCUAUGGUUACUGGUUAUUAUCUGAUAUGGUAAUGUACCCAGUUCAGCCUGUCAUCACUUACUUACUGUUCAAUCACUGAAACAAUCCAUAAUGUGACUGUAUAAUUAAAUACGAUGUGAAUAAAGAGA